AUGUCUACCGCCGUGAUCAGUGGUGACGAUGAUGCUCUGGACCCCAAUCUCCAGAAUCUGAUCGAUCAAAAAACACUGCGAUGGAUCUUUGUUGGUGGAAAGGGCGGUGUUGGCAAAACCACGACCUCGUGCUCUCUGGCAAUACAAAUGGCAAAAGCUAGGAAAUCUGUGCUUUUGAUUUCCACUGAUCCAGCGCACAAUCUGAGUGAUGCUUUCAGUCAGAAGUUUGGCAAAGAUGCGCGACUAGUUGAGGGUUUCACAAAUCUCAGUGCCAUGGAGAUUGACCCCAAUGGCAGUAUCAAUGAUCUUAUCAGUGGCGCGGGUGACGAUGCACAGGAUGCUAUGUCUGGACUUGGUGGUAUGGGCAAUAUGAUGCAGGACCUGGCGUUCAGCAUCCCCGGUGUUGAUGAGGCCAUGUCUUUCGCCGAAGUUCUCAAACAGGUAAAGAGCCUUUCCUACGAGGUUAUCAUCUUCGAUACCGCUCCAACUGGCCAUACCCUUCGAUUUCUCCAGUUCCCCACAGUCCUUGAGAAAGCGUUGGCCAAGAUCUCCCAAUUGUCGAGCCAGUUCGGACCCAUGUUGCAGUCUGUGAUUGGUGCUCGGGGAGGUCUACCUGGUGGUGCAAGCCUGGACGACCUCACUCAAAAGCUUGAAGCCUUACGAGAGACCAUUGCCGAAGUCAAUGGACAAUUCAAGAAUCCAGACAUGACCACCUUCGUGUGUGUUUGCAUUGCAGAGUUCUUGUCACUUUACGAGACAGAACGCAUGAUCCAGGAAUUGGCCAGCUACAACAUUGACACACAUUGUAUUGUUGUCAAUCAAUUGUUGUUCCCCGAGAAAUCCAACGACUGCAAGCAAUGCAACUCUCGCCGGAAGAUGCAGAAGAAAUAUCUUGACCAAAUCGAAGAACUGUACGAUGAGUUCAACGUCGUCAAAAUGCCUCUACUAACGGAUGAAGUCCGCGGUGUAGAAAGUCUGAAGAGUUUCUCGGAAAUGCUCAUCCACCCAUAUCAUCCUCCUUCGUAG